CUACCUUCUGCUUAAGCUUCCACAACAAGAAAAGAACUUCGACGUUUUUGUGGUUAUGGCGAUAAGCCUACCAUGGCAUCCCUUAAACCCUUGUAAAACCCUACGUAUUCAUACCCCAACACAUAUAACCCUCCCUCCUAUUCGACACGUGUCCUACAUACAUGCCUUUAGGCGGAGCGAUUUUGAUGGGUUUGCGAAUCGGGUUAGAUCCGGUGAAGCAUGGAAGGACGCGUGGCGGAGUGCCAACGAUGGUUUCGAGCAGUUUUUAUAUGAAACUAAAAAGACCGCUGAGCGUAUUGAUAGGAGAUAUGAUGUUUCAAAGAAAUUGUCAGAUGUUUCUCAAUCUGCUGCUGACCGUGCCCGUUUGCUUGACCGUGAUUUUGAAAUCACGAAGAAAUGGAGAACUUUUUCGCUUGAUUUCAGUUCCAAUUGGCCUAGGUACAGGAAACAGUUGAAUGACUUUAUGAAUACUCCGCUGGGAAGAAGUGCUACUACAAUAUUCUUCCUGUGGUUUGCUCUAUCGGGUUGGCUGUUUCGAAUUCUGAUAUUUUCAGUGUGGGUUCUACCAUUUGCUGGACCUCUUCUUAUUGGGGCUGUUGCCAACAACCUAGUCAUCAAGGGUCAGUGCCCAGCUUGUAGGAGGCAAUUUAUCGGCAAUAAGAAUUCAACGGUUCGCUGUGCUAACUGUGGAAACGUUGUGUGGCAGCCGAAAGGGGACUUCUUUAAUAGAGGCAGUCGAGGUCGGGGUACCACUCCUUCAAAGUCUGAACCAGAUAUUAUCGAUGUUGAGUUCGAAGAAAGAUAGAUAUGUAGACUCCCAAAAGUAUGAAUGUUAUACAAAGAGUAGAAUGUUGUAUAAUGCUAUUAUGUAUAUUAUUCCUUUGUUCUUCCUUGUUAGUGAUUACAAGUUUACUGGUCAUAGUGUGUGAAACUUAAGUUCUACAUUUGUAAUGGAAACUAAAGUGGCUGAAUUCUACUCAU